UCUCUGCGAGGGAAAGCGAGCUCGAUUUCGCAAUUGGAAGGCUUGUGGGCAGAAGUUGUGAAAGGUUUAGGACUUAAUUUCCGGAAAAAGUCGGAGAGUCCUAGGAAGGCUAUUGGAAGCGCCUCUCCUCUGCAUACAAAGCUCAUGAAAAGACGUUGUCAGACUUUUGUUGACUGGGACGUAACGACUCGACGAUCAGUGAUUCUGUGGGAUUAAACUGUUGCUUCUUGGUUUCGAUCGUUGAUUAAUUCAUCUGACGCAGUUUGAGUUCAGAUCAAUCUAUUCCGUAAAGAUGCUCCUAAGAUGUUCAACCGUGAGGAGAUCAUUUGUUUUUGUUAGCAGUGUGCUGAGCUGCCUUUCUUUUUUAGCAGGUGUAGACGGUGUACCUGAUGUUCAACACAAAGAUGUUUCCCACAAGUCCUCGACAGAUGAGGAGAUUGUCACCGGAGCGGGCACAUUCGAAAUCCACUUGGUUUCGAUACAAAAUAUUAGAGGUGAGAAAUACGAUGGUAGCUGCUGUGAUGGGAGUCGCACAAUAUAUCGAGGACAACAUCAAUGCCUGGACGAGUGCGACACAUUCUUCAGAGUUUGUCUCAAGCAAUACUCGCAAUCUGUUUCGCCAACGGGUGCUUGUACAUUUGGCGAGCACACAACUGCUGUAUUAGGAGGGAGUUCGAUCACAUUUACGAACACUACAUCGCCGAGUGGUUUUCGCAACCCGAUUUCUUUACGCUUCGAGUUUUCAUGGCUGACCACAUACUACCUAAUUCUGGAAGCAUGGGAUGCAGAUAACUCAAGCAACCGUGAACUCAUAGAUAGAGCAACCCAGCGAGGUACACUACUUCCAAACAAGACAUGGGUAAUUCAUACAUACAAUGGCCCUGCAGCAACAAUUAGUUACAGAUUAAGGGUGGUAUGUGACAAAUAUUACUAUGGGAAGACUUGUACUGAGUUGUGCAAACCACGAAAUGACACAUUUGGACAUUAUUCUUGCAAUGAGAAUGGGAAAAAAGUUUGUUUGCCUGGAUGGAGAGGGCAUUUGUGCGAUACAGCAAUCUGUAAAACAGGCUGUGAUCCAGUGCAUGGUACUUGUAGUGUUCCAGGCGAAUGCAACUGUAACUCAGGCUGGAAAGGGGAACUUUGCGAUGAAUGUCGGCCCUACCCAGGCUGUUCUCAUGGAACUUGCAGUCAGCCAUGGCAGUGCAACUGUCAGCAGCAAUGGGGUGGAAUUCUUUGUGAUGAAGAUCUGAACAAAUGCAGAGAAAAACCUUGUAAGAAUGGAGGUAUAUGUUAUAACACAGAAGCCAAUCAGUACAGAUGUGAAUGUCAAGCUGGAUUUACUGGGGUCAACUGCGAGACAGCAAUCGACUUUUGUGGAUCAUCUCCUUGCAAGAAUAAUGGAACUUGUCAUAAUGAUGCCACUGAUUUCCGCUGUAACUGUCCGCCAGGUUGGGCUGGGCCCACUUGUGAAAUAAGUAGGGACUGUCAAAGUCAACCUUGUCAGAAUAAUGGAACAUGCAUUAACAAUGGCCAGGGUUACCAGUGUAAAUGUUUACCAGGCUGGACAGGACACAUGUGUGGUCAAGACAUUGAUGAAUGUGCAGCCAAACCAUGCUCCAAUGCUCUGAAGUGUGUUAAUUUGGUAAAUGACUAUGCUUGUGAAUGCAAGGAAGGAUGGAAGGGUAGAAACUGCAAUGAGAGUAUCAACGAUUGUGUAGGACAGUGUAGAAAUGGUGGAACAUGCGUGGACUUGUUGAAUGAUUACAAGUGUAACUGUCCCGUUGGAUUUACUGGCAAGGAUUGCGAGACCAAUAUCGAUGACUGCCAGUCUAUCCCAUGUACUAAUAGUGGAGUGUGUAAAGAUGGCAUUCAGAAUUACAGUUGCAUUUGCCAAACUGGAUUUUCAGGAAAAAAUUGUCAAGUUGCAGUAAAUGAAUGCCAGCCUUCACCUUGCGUCCAUGGAACAUGCACGGACUUACUUAAUGACUACAAGUGUUCUUGUAGUGCAGGGUAUACUGGCAGAAAUUGUUCAAUGUUGGCAACAACACCUAAUAGUUGCGACCCAUACCCUUGUCAGCAUGGAGCCACAUGCGUUAAAAACGCUGAUGGCUCUGAUAUCUGUCAUUGUCCUCCAGGCUACACUGGCUCAUAUUGUGAAACUGACAUCAAUGAGUGCUUGACAGCGACGUGUCAUAACGGUGGUACAUGUGUGGAUGCAGCCAAUGGAUUUAAAUGUGUCUGCCCAACUGGUUUUUCAGGAUCAACUUGCCAAGUUGACUUAGACUCGUGCAUUAGCUCGCCUUGUCAUGGCUCGGCAACAUGUGUUGAUAAAACAGAUGGCUAUCAAUGUAUAUGUGCUGCGGGAUACACUGGAGUAAACUGUGAUCACAAUGUGAAUGAUUGUGGUACAUUGAGUCCUUGUCGCAAUGGUGGAACUUGUCUGGACAGACUCAACGGAUACCAGUGUCAAUGCAGGCCAGAGUUUACUGGAGCUGAAUGUGAUGUCCCCAUUAACAAAUGCACCAACGAAUCUUGUGUUAACAAUGGCACAUGCAGCCAAGGUGUUGGAAUGAUCACUUGUAGUUGCCCCACUGGCUUUACUGGACAGAGAUGUGAAACUGAGAUUGAUGCCUGUGACUCCAAUCCGUGUCACAAUGGCGCGACAUGUCAAAAGAUUGGUGUUAGUUAUGCCUGUUCAUGUGCAGUUGGUUUCUCUGGGCCUAACUGCGCAACGCGAAUCGAUUACUGUGCUAAUGUCACUUGUACCAAUGGUGGUACAUGCAACAAUAUUGCAGGAAAAGCUUCUUGUAGCUGUUUGCCUGGGUUUGCGGGAUUACGAUGUGAAAUCAAUAUCGACGAGUGUCAUUCUAGUCCAUGUCGCAAUGGAGGUAGCUGCGUAGACAAGGACAACAGUUUUCAUUGUGUAUGUCCAGCAGGAACUCGGGGAGACGUUUGCGAUCAAGUGAUCGAUCCAUGCUUGGAGCCUGUUUUAGUGAAUGGAUCCUCAUUUUUGAGAGAUUCCGGCGUAUGUGGAGCUUAUGGUACCUGUGAAAAUGUCGGUGUGGGAAAAUUUAGAUGCAAAUGUGACAAAGAGCAUACUGGAAACCACUGUCACUUAAAAAUUGACCAUUGCAAGAAUCACACUUGUAAAAAUGGAGCAAGUUGUCUCGAUGGCGAUGGAAAUUAUACAUGUGUAUGUGGCGAUGGCUGGGAGGGCGUCUACUGUGAAAAAGAUAUUGAUGAGUGUAACUCGAAUCCUUGUCGAAAUGGCGGGAACUGUACUGACCUAGUCAACGGAUAUGUUUGCAAAUGUCCCCACCCGUGGAAAGGACAAAUGUGUCAAUCAACAACAUCGCACUGUGAUGGCAAUCCUUGUCAAAAUGGAGGGUUAUGCACCGAUACAGGAGACGAUUUUCAAUGUAGUUGUCAAAACGGAUUUUCAGGAAGGAUCUGUCAAUUAGCACCCAAGCCCUGCUCGUCCGAACCUUGUCAGAAUGGUGCAACUUGUUUGAAUGCAGGCGAUGGAGAGAGUUUUUCGUGUGUCUGCAAAGAUGCAUGGGAAGGAAACCUGUGUGAGAAGAAUGUCGACGACUGUGCAUCCAAUCCUUGCCACAAUGAAGGCACGUGCAUCGAUGGUGAGGGCUGGGUCCUCUGCUCAUGCGCGCCCGGAUUUACGGGACCAGAUUGUAAAAUCAACAUCAACGAAUGUAACUCGUCUCCGUGCAGCGGUGGUGCAACUUGUAAAGAUAAAAUCAACGGCUUUAAAUGUAUCUGCCCGCCAGGAAAGUUUGGAGAUCGUUGCCAAGAUGACGAACAUGAUAAGAAACACUGUAAGCUGAAAGACGGCGGUAUUCAGCGUCACAACACCACCGUGCCAAAAGACUGUAACUCGUGUACGUGCCUGUAUGGCGUGCUGCACUGCACUGGAAUUGACUGUGGUGUUCCAAAUUGCUUGAAUCGUACCCAGGCUGGCAGCUGCCCCACUGGCGCGAAAUGCGUGCCUAAGGUGGCGGCGGAGUGCCUCAGCCCUCCUUGUGGUCGAUGGGGAGAAUGUCAAGGUGGAUCAACUGCCAAGAUUAUUACCGGAAUAAAUGAAGGCGCGUGCCUUCCCAAUAGUACCUAUUUGAAUGGGGACUGUGCCAAGAUUCACAUUGUGUUCCAAGUGGAUAAGCUUCCCAAGGGAACCCUUGUGGAAGAACUUUGCCAUCAGUUGCGUUAUCUACCAAUGUUGAAAAAAUGGGCAGAGAAGGCAAGACUUCGACUGCUCUGUGAAGGCCGAGGGAAAGACGGAUCAACAUCAACUGUCAUUGUAUCAGUGGCCAGCACUCCGCGAACGGAAGUAGCUGAAAAGGCGGCCAUUGAUAUCGCCCGAUACAUACGGUCCGUGCCAUCUGAAAAAGGCCGUGAAAUAAAUAUCACUCUUUACAACGUGCUCAUAGCUGUGGAUGAAGUCACUGUGGAAAGAUCUGUUUCUCUUUCCUACCACGAAGAGGAAGCCGCACCGGACUACCUCAUUCCUUUGAUUGCAUCACUCGUGGUGUUGGCGGCCAUUCUUUUGCUAAUACUGUGCAUCAGAGGAAAGUGGAGGGAAAGUAGACGAGCGAAAAGAGAAAAUCGUUUAGCUGCAAGGCCUACUUUGAAAAAGAAACGAAAUACAACGCAGGAGAAGCCGUUGACUACUGCUAGAACUUACUAUAAUCAGACUUCCACCGAGUCUACGGCGUCUUCGUCGUCGACAUCCACGUCGACGCGUUCAACGGAGUUAAGAAACUUUGAAUACAAUCGGGCGAGUUUGCUCGACUCCACGCCCUCUGUGUGUUCUACUCCACAAGUUUUGUCCCCGCCCCUCUCCCCCAAGGAGGAAGGCGCUAAAGACGAAUGGAGGAGAUUUCGGGUGCAAAGGAACAGUACACAAAUAGAAAUAAUCGUAUAAGUAAUUAUUAGUGAUUAUUAUAUAUCCUUCCAUGAAUAAUUUAAAGAAAGGAAUGAAACAAUUCACACUGUUAUUAAUUUAUUGUACCCACGAAAAAAAAAAGUGUAGCUUUUGAAAGCAAUUUUAUAACUCCAACAGUUAAAAUUCGGCGGCUAGAAAAUUUAUUUAUCAAAAGACAAAUGUUUUUAGGCAUCAGUAAAUAUCUGGUGAUGGUUCUGUUGAGAGGCCGACUUGUAAAUAAUACAACAAGAAAAAAGAAGUAUUUAAAUGGUUUUUAACGCUGUAAAUAUGUAAACAAUUAAUUUAAUAUUUAAAUGGCCAUGUAGUUCGAUAUGAACGAAGGUGAGUCCAACACAUUAUUGUGUAAAAACGUAUACUUCUCAACGAUUUAAUGUUGGUUCGAGUUAGCUGUUAACAGUUAAGAGUAAGUUUUGAAAAAUGCAUUUUGUAGCCACAUAGUUUUUUAAAAAUAACUUUAAAGAUAGGCUGUAGAACAGUUUUCCUUGUUUACUUAACUGUAACCUUCCGUGGGUUUGUUGACAAGGGAAACUUGCCAAAUUAUUUUAUAUAGAACGAGGCUGCAGGCCACUCCGACUGGAAUUUUUCUAAAAGUAAAAGUAAAUUUGUUAAAGGUUUCGAAUGGCCCUAGAAUAUUUUUGUAAAUUUUUCAGUUCGGACCCGUCUGUUUGGGCCUGACUUCUAAAACCGCCAAGUUUAUAAGCUUACGUUUGGUGUUUUUUUUUUUGUUUAUCGUAUGAUUUGUACAUCUGCUUAUCUGGUCUGCUAAGCCUCGUUAUUCUCGCAUCUAUCUUUCAAUAUUUGUGUGUUCACUAUCCCAUAGUAACCGUAGUGUUUCGUCAUUUCAUCAUAGCUGGUCACGUAAACGUUACGUGACUCACUCUUGGUCACAUUCGCAUCGCAUGGCCUAAAUGCAUUUAAAUUGCUCGAGUAUCAAAUCAAGACUAUUUCAUUUAAUAACAGAGUGAAAUUAUACGAAAUGUGAACACACUUUCAUGCUUAUCUAAUACGCAAGGCUUAAUCGUAAGUGAAGUCCCGUUGCUCGUGGAAAUCCGAAAAAAAAUACGAAUGCUUACUAACUCACUAGUGUUUCAUUAAAAAAAAUACUGACGAUUUCUCCUUGCAACGAGAUCCGCUUGCGAAUUUAUAAUGUAGCCAUUUGCAGUGCGUUCAAUUGUACCUGAGUGCUAUAUAGAGUAUAUAUUUGCCCGUAAAAACUGACUAUAAGCGGCAAAAACUUGCAGUGCAAAAUUCAAACCUACUUAAAUAAUAAUUAUUGUUAUUAUUAUUGUAAAAUAAUUUCAGCCUGGUAAAAUGUCAGCUUCUUAACCUUUAAUCAAUCUAAAGUGCCCGCCGGCGCCAACGGUUAAGUUUCUCUCGUUACUCACGAGAGGCUAAUUUUUCAAACCUGGCUGCUUAAGUUUGCUUGAGUUCUUGUUCAUGGCAUUAAUAAACACAGUUAUCGACCA